AUGUCCAUUACAUUCCCAUGUUGGUCCAGAGUAAGUAAUGCAGUUGAAGAUCCGCAAACAAAAAUCUCUGUCGCUCAAGAUCAGGUGGUUCAGCUGACGGGUGAAGACGGUGACUGAGGUUCUGAAGUUGGAUGGAUUCUGGCAAAGAUUACUGCUUGCAAUCUUCACGCAUUAGAAAGUUGCCAGUUGUACACCGUGAAGACAUUAGAUGAGCAAUUUGGACGAGUGCCUAAGGUUUUGACUAAUUUAAUCACUAAUCCAUUGAGGACUCCAAAUGAGAAAGUGUUUUGCUCUAUAGCACAGUAUGAUGCGCAGAGAGAAGGAGAUUUAGCUUUUGGGAUUUUCACUAUACUCGUUUCCGAAUCGGUUGCUGCCGAAGGAUGGCACACCGGAGUAGUUGUCACCGAUGCUGGUAAGAGACUUGGAGGCAGUGGAACGUUUCCUGCGACUUUUGUUACAGAG